AUGGGUGUUCUAAGACAACGAACCCACCAGAAGAAUACGACAAGCAGCCAUGGAAGAAAAAGAACCAAGAAACACCCGAAGACAACCAUUGCUUCUCUUCCAAAAGAUUUGUUGGUUGACAUUCUUGCCCAUGUCGGAUCAUCUUCGUUCAUUGAUGUUUUCAAUGCUAAACAAUGUUGCAAGGACUUUCUGGAAGCAACAGAAGAACAUUAUGUCAUUCAACGCAUUUCAAUCGACAAGUUUCCGACGAUUCCAUGGUAUCCUCAAAGUGAUAAUGUUUGUUCAUUCCUAAUGAAUUGCUUCGACAAAGGAAACCCGGAGUCAUUAUUCAGACGAGGAAUUAUAGAUUAUUUUGAGAAGGCUGAAGUUGAAUCUGGAUUGGAGUAUCUAAAAAUGGCAUCCAAGAAGGAGCAUACUGAGGCCACGUAUGUUUAUGGGAUGAUUCUCCUUUCUCAAGGAGAUAGAUGGAGCAACCAAGGGUUGAAGCUGUUGAAUUCCAUGAGGAAUUCGCAAUCAAGAUGUUGGAACGUUGAUGAUUGUAGAAAUAAACCAAAAACGCCAUUGAAGAUCAAAUCAAGCUCUAAUUGA